AUGGUCUCUCUCCUCCCAAUGCUCAACGUAUCCAUUCUCUUGCAGGGGUUCUGCGAGGGCGUUGUCGGCCGCUUUCAGGAAUCCGACGUUGACUUUUCAGGAUCAACAGCACCAUCGACGUCAACAACAGAUGGAUCCAUGACUUGUACACCUGUGCCGCCCCUGCCACCCAAAAACAGAUCCAGGGCCGGCUCCACUACCUCAAUCUCGUCCGACCGUCACACACACGACAUUCAAUUGCCCCCCAAAAUCCUCAAAACGAACGCUGGACUCGAGGACGCCUCGCCUGCGCUGUCGAUGCUUGCCAGGCACACCCUCAUGGCAGCAAUUGCGGCGGAUCCUCAUGCAACGGAGCGGUCAGGACCCAGGAAACUCAUGAGCGAGGAAAACCUAAAGGUCACGCCCGCACAUGGCGCUACUGGACGUAGGCAGGUGCUAUCAUCCCCGCCUGCACCACACAACGAACACAUUACAGCACCCUUAAUUCCGCCCCGGUCGUCCUCUCGACAGUCAAAGGCUCGAAAGAAGGCAUCAGGAUUGAUCUCUUUGGGCUCAAAGUCGUCGACCUCAUCCAUGAACUCGAUGGUCGACCCUAACGGAUCUUCGGCGACUUUAACGACAGCAUCCCUCGAGAUCCGAUCCGCCGAGCGUAGUCCUGACCAGCAGCGCCUCUCACCAAUGUCACAGCAACAUCGGUCAGCAGCUUCAUCAUCCAACAACUCUGUCUCGUCUCAACCCAACUCGCCCAUCCGACCUACAUUCAUGUCCAAUGGCGCUUCUACGACCCAAGAAACGCGAACAAGUCGCCCUUCCACCCCCAAUGCAACCGAUCCAAGCCCUAUCCAACCGCCGACAAAGUCCAAAGCAAGAUACAGCCGGCGUUCAUCACUCGCGGAUCCAGAGUCGCAACGUGAACAGGAACUGGAGCAGGAACAAGGUCUCCCGGAACAAGACCAGUACCUCACUUCUGUCCUGGACGACAUCCGCUCGAAAGCCCACCACGUAUUGCAGAAGGCAGGAUUCUCAAUGGCACCUACAGCUGGGUUGUAUGCGGAUCAUGGGUCUAAAAUGGUUGACUUGACCGUUCACCCAUCGUCAACCACAGCAGCAGCUGCAGCUGCAGCACAAGAUCAAGGGGUUGACCACCCACCAACCACACAGUCGUCAAAUUCAGGAGUCAGCUUUGCAGUCGACCCAAUUUCCUCCAACAACCCACCCUCCGGCAGACGACCUUCCAAAGCCGAAAGCAGCCACGCAGAUUCAACCUUACUCUCGGACGCCUCUGUCUCCAACACACCAGAACCUGUCGAGUCAUCAUCCCGGUUCGAUCGAUUGCGGCCUUGGGCAAAGUCGGAAAAAAGGCAGCGAUCGAAUUCUGGACCUGCCCAGCACCCAGACACAAGAAGCCGACCCAGCCUGGAAGACACUAACGACAGCACCCCGGCCUACUUGCGAGCAGUACCAAAACCAAACCGCCAGCGGAGGACAAGCGAGGCAACGGCGAUCACGGCGAGCAGCUUUGGUACAACAUAUUCCUGCCCACCCCAGUCAUCUAGCUCUGCCGACACAAAGUCGACUGCCUCGUCAACAAAGCUUCGAUCCAAGCACUGGUUCGGGCUCCCAAGGCGGAGUUCGGCACCGUCGGUGGAGGACACAAGGAAGCCGCAUUCGUUGGGUGAAGGUAUAGAGGGUGGUAUCACGAACCGGUACAUGCCUUCUUUGAUGGACGAUGACGAAGACGAAGAUACGGAUGCCCAGGAUGACGAUGAGGACCAUGAGGAGGAGAGCAACAAGUCUGGGGAGAACUCUCGUCUCUUUAUCAACGACUAUGGAUUUAUCUACGAUCUGGACGAUGAGAUGAACCAGGGACAGGAUCUGACUGGAACAGGAUCCAACAUUGGUCUCGAUGGCGCACUUGGAUCUAACGCCUCUGUCGUGUCGGACAUGGACCGGAAGAGGGCCAUCAAGAAUCAAAAGUACAACCGGGAGAACGAGAUCAAGUGGAUCCAUGCCGUCACCAAGCUGCAGGCCGACAGCGUCAAGAAGUCCUCCAAGUACAAGAAAUUGGUCAGGAGAGGCAUACCGACGUCCGUGCGUGGAAGGGCCUGGCUGUUCCUUGCCAAGGCUGAUGUGUACCGACGACCAGGACUGUUUGAGAAGCUUUUGAAACGGGGCCCUUUGCCGAUUCACGAGGUCAUUGAACGGGACAUUCACCGCUGCUAUCCCGACCACGUUCACUUCAGGGAUGGCAUGGGCGGUACGGGACAGCAUGACUUGCAUUCGAUCCUCAAGGCUUAUGCUCACUACAACCCGAGCGUCGGAUACUGUCAAGGAAUGGGGCGACUGGUUGGGAUGAUGUUGAUGCAGAUGCCGGUCGAGGAUGCGUUCUGGCUGCUGGUGGCGACUAUCGAGGGGUACAUGCAGGACUAUUACACACCCACCCUUCGACAACUACGGAUCGAUGCGCAAGUGUUUGAGCGACUUCUCAGGGAUCAGGACCCAGCAUUGGCGGAACAUUUGGAGAGGAACGACGUGAUCCCGCUGAUGUACAUGACCCAGUGGUUCAUGACGCUGUUCACGAUGAGUCUUCCGUGGGCGUCAGUUCUCCGAGUGUGGGAUGUCUUUUAUUAUGACGGCGUCAAGGCGCUCUUCCGUGUUGGACUUGCGAUCUUGCAACUCUGCCGCGACCACCUUCUGAACAAGUGCCCCACAUCAUCCGAGUUGUUGGGCUUUAUCUUGCAUAUUCCACUGGAGAACUUGGCACCCAAGGCACUGCUGGAAACGGCGCUCCAGAUUAAGCUGACGAAGCACUCUGUGCAAAAGCUUAUUGCUGUCACUGCCGAAUCAAUGGAUGCAGCAGCGUCCGCCAAGGCCAAGGGAUCGCCUCCAGGAGAUGCUUUCAAGAACACGCAGAACCCACGGAAAGCAGGAAAUACAGCGACGGCAAGCAACACCAGUACCCAUUCCGCUAAAAACGAUACCCAGGAAAAUACUACUAUCACUAUUACUACAAGCACGCAGUCGCAGUCGCAACCAACGUCUCCUCGAUCAGCAGCUGCUGAGCUCUCACCUAAUUCUUCUCCUUCCAAAACAACAGUGUUCGACAUCCCCGAGAUCCUGACCGAGAUAUUCUCGUACCUCGACGAACCAGCCUUGCGUCGAUCGACGGUCCUUGUCUGUCGAGAAUGGCCGGAUCAGAAGGGUGGUAUCGAGUCGAGAGAAUCCUGGGAGAGACUUGUUGGUACGGUUCGGAAAGACUAUGAGCAAAGGCGUCUGGGGCAGGAACGGGAUCGGCAUCGCCACAGGGAGGGUCUCGGACGAAAAGGAGAGGGAGGAUUGGUGUUUCAGAAUCUUCAAAGGUUGGAACUGGGUGGAUCGAUUGAUUUGGGGCUGGCGACCAGGACUCUACUACCGCUGCUACCCUCAUUGACUAUUCUGGAGUUGCACACACACAAUCGGUGCUCGGUCUCGAUGGGUGCUGUCCUUUUGGCUUGCCCCCUCCUUGAGCAGGUUCAUGUCUCGUCGCUUUCUGUUGGUGCAGUGGAAGUGAGCUGCUCAUGGAUUCCGUUCAGUCGUGUCGACAGCAACAACAACAAGGACAAGAACAGGAGCUACAGCAGCAAGGAUAGGGGCAAGCAUGACGAACCAUCGCAGCAACGUCAUCCGCCGUCGCUACCAUUGCGAUCGGUCAUAUUGGAAAACACUAGCGUCGAACUCCCUGGUCUCAAAUCCUUGCUCUCAUUAACACCAGACCUCCAAGAACUCAAAUUGAUUCAACUCUCUGCCCCACGAACCAACCAACAACCGUCUAGGGAAGGUUCUCCUUCCUUGGUCACCAAUAUCGCCACGUUCUUCCCUCAACUCAAGGAAACGCUCCAACGCCACGGGAUUACCCUCAAUUCCUUCCACUACUCCCUCGACAACGAACCCCUCCUCCCAACCCCCGCUGCCGCUGCAAGGCUGGACCAGAUCCGAAAAGAGAUAUGUCACCCGCGAGCCAACAAAUGGAGUUUCUGGACUUCGGCUGACCUGCCGCCUUUUGUAUACCAGACCCUAGUCCAUAUCCCUAACGUUGUGACGACACUAGAGUUACAUAGUAGCAAGAUUGGGCGGUGUCCGAAGACAGGAUGCAAGCUGCACCAGUACUUGUGCGAUUCCCCACAUCUGUUGCACCUCAAGGCUCCUCGGACUGCGUUCUUGGUCGAUCAUUUCGAUAUUCAUGGACUUGUCGAUGCUACAAUUGCUGCGUACGAGGCUGGAACUGAGAUUGGUACUGGAACAGGAGCAGGACAUGGGAUCAAUGUCGUUACUACUGUCCUUCCAUCUGCCACUACGCCCUUGUCAGUGCCAACAACAACCUCAACAACAAGCACACCCUUACCUCCGAUCUGGAAAUGCAGGAACCUCCGCACCCUCCACAUGGCCUUCCGCUGCAACAGUCAAACCCAAAGCACGUACUACCCACCCACCCUCAAACUCCUCCACGUCCGAACCCGGAUCCUCUUCGGCUACAUAUCCCACGUCUUACCCGACCUGCGCGACCUCCGGAUGGAUACCAGUUUUCUGGAUAGCGCACAGUUUAAUGUCCACGAGGCCAAAAUGUAUCUGGCGUUCGAGGGUGGGUUCUCCAAAACCGGACGCCUCCAACCCAUCACCAACCCCGACAGCGGCGAAGUCGACUAUGACGAUGAGCAGGAUGUGAGGAUGGCUUUGGCGAACCUAGGUAAGCAAAGAGUCCUCAAGUAA